UUCUGCACACCUGCAUCCAAUUACGCUGCGAGCGUCUUAUCAAUCUUAACUACGCCGUCUCAUCAGCGCUUCUGCACUUUAAAUGUCUCUGUUGGGAACUUCCUGCUGAACCGAUGGGGCAGAGCCAAAUUACACACUCGCUCGCAGAGAAAAAAAGAGAACUCAUGUUUUUUGUCAACUUCCCGUCUGCAAAGCAGUAUUUCAGUCAGUUCCAAGACAUGGAGGACCCUGAGGAGAUGGAGCAGAGCAGCCAGCUGCGGCAGCAUGCCUGCAGGGUGAUGAACGCGAUCAACACUGUGGUGGAGAACCUCAACGACCCAGAGAAGGUUUCCUCGGUGCUGGCGCUGGUGGGAAAAGCCCACGCCAUCAAACACAAAGUGGAACCCAUAUACUUUAAGAUCCUGAGCGGAGUGAUCCUGGAGGUGCUGUCUGAAGACUUCCCAGACUUCUUCACAGCGGAGGUGCAGUUGGUGUGGACCAAACUGAUGGGGGCGCUGUACUGGCACGUGACGGGGGCCUACACCGACGUGGGCUGGCUCCAGGUCUCCAGCUCGGCAGUGUGAGAAAUCAGGAAGAUGGUGGAAGUUUUUGUUGGAGAAAUAAGUAGCUGCAUGUGUGAAAGAUUGGGAGUUUGGUUUCACAGACGUGGAUCAGAUUAACGCAGUAAUCCGUGCAACAUUCUUCCACACUUUGGUUGCGUUUUGGUGCUGAGCUUUUGUUGCUACGCUGCAGAGAUCAGCUGGACACCAAGCGAUGUAACUAGACAUCACCUUAGCUUAUGUAAGUGGUGUUUUGGUACAUGCGUCUUAGCGGGAGGAAAAAAGGCUGUUGUUUUUAGUACCUACCAUCCAGUUCUUCUUCAGGUAACUCCUGUUGCUUCGGAUCAUAGAAACCAUGACUCUGUGUGUAGCAUGAGUGCUUUCUUAUUAACGAACUGCCACGUGUUUAGGCACGCAACUCUGAAAGCUUUCCGAUUUCACUUAUUUCUGUGGUGGUCAGUCUUAGCUGUAUCUCAAGGUCUGUUAAGCUUUAGAUGAGAACACAUGUAGUUAAACAUGAAAACAGAUGUACAAACUCUUGUCUUUUCAAAUAUUGGUUCAGAUAUUUUAUUUUCUGGGAGACUUAUCUUCUCAAAGAAGGUUAUAAUUAAACGGUAAGAGUAUCUGAUGAGAUUUUGGCAUUGUGAGAUGAAUGAUUUUAUAUGUUACAGUUCAAUCCUGUUUUUUGGUGACGUAACCUUCUACAAAACUUGAUGUCUUGUUCUUUCUUCUUGGUAGCAACACAAUGGGGUUGAAGUGGAGUAGAUUUAAUCAAUGUUCUAUUAACGCACACAUCAAGGUAAACCCACGCAUUUUCUGUACUAAUCUAGGCAACAAUUGGAGUUUUCUCUUUGAAUUUACCGUCUUAUCUAAUAUAAGGUGUAAUGCAUGUAGCAGCUGUAAAGAGCGGCUUCCCAUGCACACAGUUUUACUGCAACAAGUUUUUUUUCCCACCAACUUUAUAACAUUUAUAUUCAGUCCAACACAGAGUUGGUGUCUUUUUUAAACAGAUAUGUUUCUCCUCCUCAGAUUUUGUAAAAUAAAUCUGUGUAGCCUGUUGGAUUCCAAUCAGAAACGCUGUAAUACACAUGAUUCACCAGCAGGUGGCACUGACACAACUACACAAAUUCUAAGAGAAAACAUACUAAGCAUGGCUAAAGCAUUGCUAGGCUAAAAACAUCACUUAAGUUUCUUUGAAACAAUAAUUUUACAUUUAAAAUUUAAUGGAAAAAUGUUAGAAUAACCAAUUUUU